ACUAUGGCAUGCAAUUCGCUUCCCCUAUCCAGAUCCAUCGCAGAAAAAAUCGGUUCCGGCCGCCGGAGAUAAUCGAAGUGUUUGACACGCGCCAACUACACACGGCGCACCGAUGGCAGCCAUGCUCUCUACCAGUGCCAUGCUCCCGAGCUUUAUCUUCUCUUCAUCGCGUAUCUCCAUCACUCCCGUGACCACUACAGCCAGCGUGCAAAGAUUCAGGACAAAAAUGUUGUCGUCGGUGACUCAGACUGAAAGAACAAUCGUGCUUGGAUUUGGUGGUGUGGGGGUGGAUCUCUUGGCUACUGUGGCUACGUUCCCAAACCCGGAUGACAAGAUUCGAAGCACCAGCUUAAAGGUACAAGGAGGUGGUAAUGCAGGAAAUGCUCUAACUUGUGCAGCUCGUUUAGGAUUGAAUGCAAGGUUAAUAUCCAAGGUUGCCAAUGAUGCUCAAGGGAGAGGAAUACUGGAGGAACUAAAAGCGGAUGGUGUAGAUGUAUCUUUUUUUGAGGUUUCUGAAGAGGGUAAUUCACCAUUUACCUAUGUCAUUGUAGACGAUCAAACGAAGACUCGGACUUGUAUUCAUACACCAGGGUGGCCUCCAAUGAUUCCAGAUGAGCUUUCCGGUUCAUCUUUACUAAGUGCAUUGGCUGGAGUGAAGCUUGUUUAUUUUGAUGUGCGGUUGCCUGAAACGGCUCUAGUUGUAGCACAUGAGGCAAAUCGCAGGAAAAUACCUAUUCUAAUUGAUGCUGAAAGGCCAAGGGAAGGCCUCGAUGAUCUUCUAAAUUUAUCAGACUAUGUUGUGUGCUCCGCUAAACUUCCACAGACAUGGACUGGAGCCCCAUCUGUUGCAACCGCACUUGUUUCUAUGCUGUUAAGGUUGCCUAAACUCAAGUUUGUUAUCGUAACUUUAGGUGCAGAUGGUUGCAUAAUGCUCGACAGAAGAAACAUAUCUGAGAAUGUCGAAGCUGAAGAAAUGGAUGUAGAUGAUUUAUUAGAGAUACUGAAACGCAAAUCCAGCACUCUUUCAACUGCCCCAACAUGCAUUUCAUCGGAGAUUACAAGAUUGCAGGCAAAGGGAAUCGGGAAUGUGUGUGGAAAGCUGUUCAUUGGCACAGCUGAGAAGAUACCACAGUCGGAGCUGGUGGAUACAACAGGUGCUGGAGACGCAUUCAUAGGAGCAGUCCUGUAUGGCAUUUGCACCAACAAGCCACCAGAACAAAUGUUACCUUUUGCAGCUCAAGUGGCAGCCAUCACUUGUCGAGCUUUAGGAGCUCGUGCGGGUCCAAAUCUCACAGAUUCUCGUUUAGCACCUUUUUUACAUUAACUAAUCCUACUGCUGUUACAGGUGGGGAGCCCCGCGUUGCGGGGGUCGGAUGCGACAAAGAAGCUAAGGAAGAACAUAUGAACAUAGAGCAGAAACUGUUGGAUUGUUUCAUAACAAAAGUCGUGAACAUAAAUGUAUGCAAACUAUAUAUGCAAAACAGGUAAAAAAGAAGUUGAAGUUUCGACAAAUAAGAACAUGAUGUGCUAAGAACGUUUAGUUAUCACCACAGUAAUAACCAUGAUUGCCAAACCCAUAAGAGUUGCUCCAAUAGGCGGUUUUCUCCAUUGAUAUUCCAACAGUUCUAUCUGGAUUCACAGUAAAUUCUCCUUUGGGUGCGCCACCGAAAAGGGUCUGAAACAUAUCAGAUAAACUGUUCAUCAUGUCAACCACUGUAACUAUAACUUUAUGCUUGAUGUCCUUCACAUAAUCCAUGAAACCAUUUCCGGAUUCAGAUGUUGAUUCACUCUCAUCA